AUGAGGGUAUGGCUAGUCCUGUCCUUGAUGGUCAACCCGUCGUCAGGAUUGGCGGCGGGAUCGAGGCCAAACGUCGGCCUGCACGGCAGUAGUUGUUACGGUGGUAGCCGGCGGGGCGCCCGUAUUUCGCGCCGAUGCGUUUCUACUCUGUGGGCCCAAAAACCGGGUAAAUCUACCAAACGUCACCCCGCUGCAGUCGGUGGUGGAGGAUUUGGUGGUGCUUCCCGAACCCACAUGCCCCCGUCGCCCACGAACGAUUAUGCCGUCUUCCCACGUCUGGAACCGCCCGUGGCCGACACGCUGGUAGCGGCGCCAGAAGAUUGGGAACAACCCGGUCCCCUUCCCAACGAAAUCUAUCAACGAUUGGAUCAAAUUUACGGCUUGCCACGUUUCAAUUACGAAACAUCCGAACCAGUGUCUCUUGAUGAACUCAUGGUCGCUCCCAAGGACCCCCCGUCCAUCAGCCGCAACGAAUUUGACGAUCUAUUGAGUGCGGCGACGGGGAGACCAGUGUCGACGCCACCAGCGUCGACAUUCGCGUCGACUCCGUCCAGUGCGGAUCUGCCUCUCGACGCACUACCACCAUUCGAAAAAUUUCGUAUUCUGCAUGUGGAUCCACUCGUGCUGGGUAUCGAUGAUUUCUUUACCGCCGCCGAGUGCGAUCGAUACGUCGCCUUGGCAACCCAAAACCAGAAACACAACAUUCUGGAAAGCCGGUCGCCGACAGUCGGUAAGGACGCUGCCGCCAAAGCACAGCGUACAAGUACGACCUACUACAAUCAUUUUGAGGGGGUCCCGGAACUUAUGGCCAAGGCGUCACGUCUUUUAGGACUACAAAGUAUCGAUCGCUGGGAAGAGCCACAAACCGUUCGUUACCGAAAAAAUGAGAAAUUCACCUGGCACUUGGAUGCUUUGGGACCCAACGAGAAUAAUCCUGGUCUGGGAGGUCAGCGAUUGGCAACCCUUCUGGUGUAUCAUACCGAUUUACAGUCGGACGAAGGCGGUGCCACCAUGUUUCGCGAUUUGACUGGCACGAACGGACGACUCGCGGUACGCCCCCGACGAGGGGCGGCACUGCUCUUUUUCCCGGCAGCCGGGGGCAUUCCCAAUGCACCCUUUGAUGUACGAACACUGCACUGUGGUCAAGCCGUGUCCGCCACGUCUCAACAGGACAAAUGGAUUUCGCAGUUGUGGUUGCGACAGUCUUCUUACACGCCUACGGCCCCUCCGGGCAACUCGCACUCGCAAGCAACCAAAGCCAUUUCCGAGUACUGUGCCAACCUGUCGGUAAAAUAAAAUUUCUGUAUUCUAAAUUUUUGUCGUUUGCG